AUGCCGGGAUAUGCCAAGUUCAUGAAAGAGCUAGUCACAAAGAAAAGGAGCUUGGAUUUUGAGACAAUUGAAGUUUCCCAUAGUUGCAGUGCAAUUAUGACUAAGGAGCUGAUCAAAAAGAGAGAAUAUCCCAGGGCAUUCACCAUCCCUUGCACCAUUGUCAUGCUCCAAUUUGCUAAAGCUUUCUGCGAUUUAGGGGUAAGCAUCAGCUUAAUGCCCUACGCAAUAUACAAGCAAUUUGGGUUAGGUGAACCAAAAGUAACCACAAUGAGACUCCCAAUGGCUGACCGUUCUAUCAAACAUACAGUAGGGAUACUUUAUGACAUCUUGGUGAAGGUUGAUCAGUUCAUUUUCCCGGCCGAUUUUGUCAUUCUUGAUUGUGAAAUAGAUGUUGAAUUUCCCAUUAUUUUGGGAAUACCAUUCUUAGCAACCGGAAGAGCAUUGGUGGAUGUUGAAAGUGGAGAUUUGAAGUUUUGA